UUAAACGCUAAUAUGUUCAUUAUCUAUUGAAGGACCUUUUGUUUUUCAAGCUUAAAAAUGGAAAAGGAUAGUAUACGAUGGCUAAUAACUAGCAUAAACAGAAUCAACAAAAAGGGCUAACUAGCUAACGUUAUCUUGCUCGCUAACUAGCGGAUGUUAGCAAGUUAGCCUGUUAACGUAGCCCAUAAUGGUGAAGAUCCCGUGUUAUGUUGCUUAUUUAGAAAACGAGCGAAUUGUUACUAACAUGGCUUAAUCGAAUUACAGUACACGACCGAGAAAACGGUUCAGUUAAAAAAAAAUUGCUUUAGAGUGUAGCUAACGUUAGAUAUUAUAGUUCGCCAUACCCAGAUGGAUUACAUUGCGGGCCGCAACCAGCCCCCUAUCUUAUAAUGGCCUGUAUAACGUUGCUGACUCUUUUAGCUAUCUUGCCCGAGUGGUGGGCUACUUUUGGGUCUUCCAAGAAGAGCGGAAUGAUUUAUUGAUUUCGUCGCUGUCAAAAUACAAUAUAAAAUACACCUAAUUUUAACAGAUUAAUUAUUAGCAAUCUGGACUCGUUCAGUGAUGGGUAUGAACUUAGUAAAGUCCCUCAGCUAUUCAUUAUACAGUUUCGAUUUCGUUUUAGUCAUUUUAAAGCAGGCCUGCCCAGAGAUCUACUGUCUUGCAGGUUUUCUCUACAACCCUAUUUGUGACUAACCCGGUUAAGCUUUUCAUCCAGCUAAUUAUUAGAAUCAGUUGUGCUAAGUUAGUUGGAGAGAGAACCUACAGGACAAUUAAUCUCCAGGAACAGGAUUGGCCAGCCCUGUUUUAAAUUAUGUGGAGUUCGUUUCACUUUAGUUUAGCUAACUGUUGCCUGUCAAUAGAGACAAGACUAAUGUAUAAAUAUCAGUUUAAGCAUAUGCAGCACCUUGAAGUACUUGCACCAAUCUGAAGUACUUAACUGGUUGGGUCUUUCUUAAGAUUAAGGAAGGAUAAACUGAUUCUAUAUGGGUCACGAUGGGUUGUGAUGCAUCAGCCAUUUAAUUAUACUAACAAGCAAACAUUUCAGAACUGCAAUAAAUAAUAAACUAUGAGUUUCUACGUGUUCAAAGAACACAUUCUACCCCCUAAAGUAACGUGACAAACUUGUCAUUUAAAUUGUAGGCAGGCGUGUGGUAUAUGGCUUGGAAAACGUGCCUUGGUUUAAGAAUCUGGUAUUUUGGAAUGGCUGUGGUUGCCAUUCAUCUGAAGGCAAAGUUUGCUUGAAAAGUACGGUAGGACCAAAAGCUAUAAUUUAGAGACAAGAGAAAAACUGGUUUGACUUUGAACCCUAUCUAGAUCUUUUUAGUAUUGACUCUUUAAUAUUUAAGCAUGAGGACACUUCUGCCUGAAUUUAAUCCAAAACCAACAAUGAAGUCAGCAGUGUGUUGAGAGCAGUUAUGAAGCCAAGGUGUACAUCAAACAAAGCACUCAACCAUGCCAGCCAGCUAAUCAUUUUAGGUAAAUCAGUUGACUCACCUACAUUUGGUGUCUGCUUUACUUUGGUGGCUGUGUGCACCUUGUCAGUGAGUUUGUCAGCUUAUAGUAGGAGUAUAUGAAAGAAGACUAUUUCCGAAUUGAGAAAUGGCCUCCAUGGUGCUGCCCAUGCUCUCACAGAUUACAUAUCCAGUAUGUUUGUACACUACACCACUCAUUCUAUAUAUUCUAUAGAUUCUAUAUAAUUAUCUAUUUUCCCCAGAGUCGGAUAAGCUUGUGGUGACAAAUUUUGUUUCUGCUUGCAUUUUAACAGAAGUUAUCUGAGGUUUCCACAAUUGCUAACUAAUAUUAGCACAGUGUCUGAACAAUUUUGGGUAUGGCACUCAUGCUAUUGCCAUGCAACAUUGCCUCACAAAAUGUCUGUUCUAAAUUCCUUCCUUUUGGUGUAGAAACAUCAAAUAUCCACAAGUUAAUCUUACUUGAAGUGCAGUAUAUGCAGAAUCUCAUUUCUAAAACAUUUUUGUGUGAAUUCAGAACAACUGAAAGAAUGCUUCCUCAAAGUGUCAGAAGAACUCUGAAUUAGACAGCAUUCCUCAAAAUGACAUGGUUGAACAUUUAAUUGCUGUGCCUCUUUAUUCAGCCUGAUUUCAGAUGUGUCAAUAUCAUUAGGGAAAUCCUAGUUCUUGCUGAGCGUAUACUUUUUGUUUUAAUCAAGUCGACUAUCCACAACCCAUUACUGUGUGCAUGUACCUUUACUCAAUGAGACAGAAUUAUGCUGUUUCUAAAGUCUAUGAUUCAAACGACUUUUGCUAUAUGAUUUGAUUAAGGCAUUCAUCAUCCUGUGUUUUAAAGCUUUCAGACUCUGGUCCAAGGUCCUGUGCAGAUUGUCUUGAACUCAUCAUGUACUACACCUGCGCCACAAAGAUUCUAGAUUUUUUUCCGAACUAAACCAUUAGAAGAAGACGGACUAGGAUUUGGAUUGGAAUUAGGAUAUGGAUUCUAAAACCUUUUUCUAAGUGUAAUUAAAUGCAUUAGAAGAGGAUGGACUAGGAUUUGGAUUGGGACUAGGAUUAGGAUACGGAUCAUCUCCACCGUUGUUCUUGGAAUCUAUCAGUGAGUUUAAAGCCUGCAGGUGCCUUGGGUUUAUUUUAGCAGGGCCUAUCCAAUACCAACAAUGACUGAUGGAAGGAUCUACGUGGGGAAUCUUCCAAUGGACGUCCAGGAGAGGGACAUAGAGGAUCUUUUCUUCAAAUAUGGAAAAAUCCGGGAUAUCGAACUAAAGAAUAACAGGGGAACCAUCCCUUUUGCUUUUGUUCGCUUCGAAGAUCCACGGGAUGCAGAAGACGCUGUCUAUGGAAGGAAUGGAUAUGGAUUCGGAGACUCCAAGCUGCGUGUAGAAUACCCUCGCUCCUCUGGCGCUAAAUUUAGUGGCCCUAUGGGAGGUGGAGAAAGAGGAGGGGGUCCUAGGGGGAGGUUUGGGCCCCCAACUCGGAGAUCUGAGUUCCGGGUGAUAGUGACUGGAUUGCCCCCAACAGGGAGCUGGCAGGAUCUCAAAGACCACAUGCGUGAGGCGGGGGAUGUAUGUUUCGCCGACGUGCAGCGGGAUGGGGAAGGGGUGGUGGAGUUUGUCCGUCGGGAGGACAUGGAGUACGCCCUGCGCAGACUGGACAGGACUGAGUUCCGUUCCCAUCAGGGGGAGACUGCCAACAUCCGUGUCUACGGAGAACGAGGUGCCAGUUACGGCCGUUCGCGGUCCCGCUCCAGAUCCCCACGCGGGCGUGGCUACUCGCCACCUUACCAAAGCAGAGGGUCACCUCCACAACGUUACCAGUCCCCCCUACGGCGCACUGUGUCCCGCCACAGCCCCCCAGCAAGGAGACACCCAGUACCCCACCACAGCCCGCCCCCACGCCACUAUCGGUAGAUCAGCCAGCCAUUCACAAGGCACCGAUGAUUAGGGGCAGAUGAAUAAUGUUGUUUAUCCCAGAUCUCCCUGAUGGGCACAUCAUUGUCACCGUUCUGCUUGCUAUGUACAUUCCAUGAAUACAUGCGCCCCUGCCCUUCUGUUGGCCUUCAGUGUUCUUGAUUUAUUCCUGUUGCUUGAUGUAAGUUUCAGAACCCCGUGUCCAGUCACUAAUCAGCUAAGUUCUGAUAUCUGGUGAGACCAUUUGCCAAUUUACUGGUCUUGCUACAUGUCAACAUUGUUUGUAAUCAACACUGCCCUGAGAAGUGUGAUACUCACAAAAAUGUGAACAUCUGCCUGCUUUUUUUUUUUACUUUUAUUUUUUUAAGUAAUUGUGUGUGUGUGUGGACCUGUAUGUGACUGAAUGUUUGGAAAUAGAUUCUGAUUGUAAUUGGCUGGUAAACCUGUGAACAUCCUUAUUUCAUUUUAAAUAAAUGUUGGAACUUUUUAACAUG